AUGGCCAAGCGCGGCGUCGCCGCCGCCGGCGCUGCCGCCGACCCUAUGCCGCUGUCGCGGUUCGGCGCGCUGGUGGCGCAGCUGGAGUCCGUGGUGGCGUCGGCCAGGCAGAAGCCCCCCGACGCGCUCCUCUGCUUCGACCUCCUCUCCGAGCUCUCAUCGGCGCUCGACGAGGCGCCCAAGGAGACCAUACAGCUUUGGCAAAGGAAAUGCGAGGAUGCUCUCCAGUCCUUGCUCGUCUUUGGCGCUUGCCGCCCGGUUCGGCGUUUGGCGUCAUCGGCGAUGGGGAGGAUAAUUCAGAAAGGCGAUGCGAUAUCAGUGUACGCAAGAGCGAGUACCUUGCAGGGGUGGUUGGUAGAUGGGAAAAGAGCGGAUCCCAUGGCAUGCGCAGGUGCAGCACAGUGCCUAGGGGAAAUUUAUCGCUUAUUUGGACGCAAGAUUACCGCAGGAUUGAUCGAGACAUCAAACAUCGUAGCCAAACUCAUGAAGUAUCAUGAGGACUUUGUGAGACAAGAUGCACUCCUCUUGCUUGAGAACGCAUUGGAAGGCUCUGGUGGUGGUGGUAGUGGUGCAGCUUAUUUGGAGGCUUUCCGCAUAAUCAUGCGAGGAGGCAUAAGUGACAAAGCAUAUAUUGUUAGAGUAGCAGCAGCACGAUGCUUGAAGGCCUUUGCUAAUAUAGGUGGGCCUGGAUUGGGGAUGGCUGAACUUGAUACUUCAAUGUCCUGUUGUGUUAAGGGCUUGGAAGAUAAUGUGUCAGCAGUUAGAGAUUCAUUUGCAGAAGCACUUGGUGCCAUACUUGCUCUUGCCGUGAACCCAGACGCACAGGUAUAUAAUUUUUGUAUUUUUGUAAAAACUUUUAUCUUGUCAGCUUUUGUAUAUGACUUCAGUUGA